AAAAUGAAACCUACCACAACAAAACUCUCCUCUAAAAAGAAUAAAAUGAGCCUUGCAGCAGCUGUGUUGAUAAAUGGGUUGAACAGUGACUAACCACUGAUUUUUCAAAUACUACUGUGGCCAGUUUAGGCUGUAGAAUGUAUAGCCCAUGGGAAAAGGCAAUAAAAUUAACUAUCAUGGAUGUAAAUAAAUUACAUUUUUGGAAUAUAUCAUUGAAACCAAACCCUUCUCCAUAGUUUUAUUAUCCCAUUCCACUAAGGUGUUGCAUAAAAAAAAAAAAAAAAGCCAUCUUCUACUAGGAUGAAGUGUCCAGAUGAGGAAGUAUGUAAGUAAUUAUACAAAUGAACUAGAAUACAAAAAAAAAAAACAGACAGACAGAGUGACAGACCGACAGACAAUGAGAGAAAGGAAUGGGAUAAUGGAAUCAAGUGGAAAAGAUUAUUCACUGAAAAUACUGAAUAUUCCAAAAUAUAAAAUUAAUGGAUGGGAAGAACUUUUCUUCAAAAGAAAAUACUUUCCAUCCUUUAGCAGCAAUGCAGAAUUCAUGGCCUGAUAAUAAAAACCUUUUUAGUGGGGUUCUUGGGAAGAACAUGGUCAUCACAGAGGCUUCACUGGGUGUUCAAUUGCCCUGGGCAAUCUGUUCAGUGUGUUCUUGUUUCAAGAACUAAGUAAACCAAAUCAGGAUGAACGACACAUGGUUUAAUAGUUAACUUUCAGAACAAGGGGCAGGGAGAUGCUUUUAUGCCAUCAUCCAGUCUUCAUUCCAAUCUCAUUACUGAAGUCUGUUCUCAGAGUAUUUACAGCUUUCCGGAGAGUCUAAGCUUGGCAGAGUCCUGAAGAUGGAAAUAUAGCUUAAUUACCUCCUCAUUCUGGAGUCUCCUUAAUGCAGACUGUUUUAUCAUCAACAAUUGAAUAUUUCACACAACAUUGCUGGUUGUUCCUUGACCACCAGUCUGUUGCCUGUCCCUGCUCUUUAUAUGCAGCCGCUCUCUGCUCCCUGCCCCAAUGAACAUCUGCACUAGGCCCAAGCCUUGGAGUGAUUUACCCGAAGAGUGACACCGUAUUUCUGGAAACUACUAUGAGGAAACUGAAGCCCAGAGAGGUGAAGUGAGGUGCCCAAAGCCACACAGCAAGUUGCAGGCACAGCUAGUUCCGUAGCUCAAGUCUCCUGACUCCCAGUCCAGUGCUCUUCCCAUUACUCCACGGGUCCUGACUCUAAGCUUCCUGACAAAUGCUAGAACGGAAGAAACCCAAGACAGCUGAAAACCAGAAGGCAUCUGAGGAGAAUGAGAUUACUCAGCCGGGUGGAUCCAGCGCCAAGCCGGGCCUUCCCUGCCUGAACUUUGAAGCUGUUUUGUCUCCAGACCCAGCCCUCAUCCACUCAACACAUUCACUGACAAACUCUCACGCUCACACCGGGUCGUCUGAUUGUGACGUCAGUUGCAAGGGGAUGACCGAGCGCAUUCACAGCAUCAACCUUCACAACUUCAGCAAUUCCGUGCUCGAGACCCUCAACGAGCAGCGCAACCGUGGCCACUUCUGUGACGUGACGGUUCGCAUCCACGGGAGCAUGCUGCGCGCGCACCGCUGCGUGCUGGCAGCCGGCAGCCCCUUCUUCCAAGACAAGCUGCUGCUGGGCUACAGUGACAUCGAAAUCCCGUCGGUGGUGUCUGUACAGUCGGUGCAGAAGCUCAUUGACUUUAUGUACAGCGGUGUGCUGCGAGUCUCCCAGUCAGAAGCUCUGCAGAUCCUCACAGCCGCCAGCAUCCUGCAAAUCAAGACAGUCAUAGACGAGUGCACACGCAUCGUGUCACAAAACGUGGGCGAUGUGUUCCCGGGCAUCCAGGAUUCUGGCCAGGACACACCAAGAGGCACACCAGAGUCAGGCACAUCUGGCCAGAGCAGUGACACAGAAUCAGGCUACCUGCAGAGCCAUCCUCAACACAGCGUGGACCGAAUCUACUCGGCGCUCUACGCCUGCUCCAUGCAGAAUGGCAGCGGCGAGCGCUCCUUCUACAGCGGUGCAGUGGUCAGCCACCACGAAACUGCGCUUGGCCUGCCCCGUGACCACCACAUGGAAGACCCCAGCUGGAUCACGCGCAUCCACGAGCGCUCCCAGCAGAUGGAACGCUACCUGUCCACCACCCCCGAGACCACUCACUGCCGCAAGCAGCCCCGGCCCGUGCGCAUCCAGACCCUGGUGGGUAACAUCCACAUCAAGCAGGAGAUGGAGGACGACUAUGACUACUACGGGCAGCAGAGGGUGCAGAUCCUCGAGCGCAAUGAAUCCGAGGAGUGCACUGAAGACACUGACCAGGCGGAGGGCACAGAGAGCGAGCCCAAAGGCGAGAGCUUUGACUCUGGGGUCAGCUCCUCCAUUGGCACCGAACCUGACUCGGUGGAGCAGCAGUUUGGGGCAGGAGCCACAAGGGACAGUCAGGCAGAACCCGCCCAGCCUGAGCAGGCAGCAGAAGCCCCACCUGAGGGCAGUGCCCAGCCAACCCAACUAGAAACAGGUGCCUCCUCUCCCGAGAGAAGCAACGAGGUAGAGAUGGACAACACAGUCAUCACUGUCAGCAGCAGCUCUGAUAAGGGUGUCCUACAACAGCCUUCAGUCAACACAUCCAUUGGGCAACCAUUGCCAAGUACCCAGCUCUAUUUACGCCAGACAGAAACCCUCACCAGCAACCUGAGGAUGCCUCUGACCUUGACCAGCAACACACAGGUCAUUGGCACAGCUGGCAACACCUACCUGCCAGCCCUCUUCACUACCCAGCCCGCGGGCAGUGGCCCCAAGCCUUUUCUCUUCAGCCUGCCACAGCCCCUGACAGGCCAGCAGACCCAGUUUGUGACAGUGUCCCAGCCUGGCCUGUCCACCUUUACUGCACAGCUGCCAGCGCCACAGCCCCUGGCAUCAUCGGCAGGCCACAGCACAGCCAGUGGGCAAGGCGAAAAGAAGCCUUAUGAGUGCACUCUCUGCAACAAGACUUUCACAGCCAAACAGAACUACGUGAAGCACAUGUUCGUCCAUACAGGUGAGAAGCCCCACCAAUGCAGCAUCUGCUGGCGCUCCUUCUCCUUGAAGGAUUACCUUAUCAAGCACAUGGUGACACACACGGGAGUGAGAGCCUACCAGUGUAGCAUCUGCAACAAGCGCUUCACCCAGAAGAGUUCCCUCAACGUGCACAUGCGCCUGCACCGCGGGGAGAAGUCCUAUGAGUGCUACAUCUGCAAAAAGAAGUUCUCCCACAAGACCCUGCUGGAGCGGCACGUGGCCCUGCACAGCGCCAGCAACGGGACCCCUCCCGCAGGCACGCCCCCGGGCGCCCGCGCAGGCCCACCAGGCGUGGUGGCCUGCCCAGAGGGGACCACUUACGUCUGCUCCGUCUGCCCAGCAAAGUUUGACCAAAUAGAGCAGUUCAACGACCACAUGAGGAUGCAUGUGUCUGACGGAUAAGUAGUACCUUUCUCUCUUUCUUAUGAACCAAACAAAACAACAACAAAAGAAACAAACAGACAAAACGCUAUGGCACUAGAAUUUAAGAAAUGUUUUGGUUUCAUUUUUACUUUCUGUUUUUGUUUUUUUGUUCCGUUUCAUUUUGUACUACAUGAAGAACUGUUUUUUGCCUGCUGGUACAUUACAUUUCCGGAGGCUCGGGUGAAUAAUGCUUUUCCCAGUCUCCCUUGGAUGGUGGCCUUAAGGCCUGGUAGUGCUUUAGGAGGUCCACUGGUUGGAUCUCUAGCUACUGGCCUCUAAAUACAACCCUUCUUUACAAAACAAAACAAAACAAAAUAACAAAAAAAAAACAAAAACAAAACAAAAAAGCAAAAAAACCACACACAAAAAAACAAAAACAAAACAAAAAAUCUUUUAAAAAAGUUUAAAAAAAGUUUAAAAAAAGAAAAAAAAUUGUUUUUCCACUCGUGAAGAGCACUACAAAAUCUAUUAUGAGAUGUAAAGGCCUGCUGUCGUUCAGUACACCGCUCACAGUGUUUCAGUGGACAUUUCACAAUUCUGGCCACUUGGACUUCACAGUAAGCAGUUAAAACUGUGGAAUAUCACUUCUGGUUGAAAACCCAGAGGAAAGGCCCUGCUGUUUUCACCUACACGCUGUCUGAUUCCAUUAAAGGGCUCAAGGAUGGGAGGGGCCGAGAGCCCAGUGGUGCGGGGAGAAGGUGCUGUGGCAGGCCUCUCCCCCAGCUCUGCCCAGCCCCCACACCCUGGCCCACCUCCUCCUCGUCCCCCGCCCCAUUUCAGCAGAAGCCAGGAAGACUUGGACAAGCAACAGUGGCUAUCGUAUUUAUUCAGUGUCUUCGCUGAGCCACAGCCUCAGCACAAUCAAGAGGGACUUUCAUGAAAGGCAGGAAUGCAGAGAAAACAAAGAUAACAGAUUUGAACCUAUGUUUCUAGGUACAAGAGAAGGAUUAUUUCCAACAAUCUUUGCAAAAAAAAAAAAAAGUGUCAGGAUAUAUUCUUGUGGAAGAGAAGAAGAAAGAGAAAUGGAGGGUGGGGGGGGACAGUAAAUGUUCUUGAGGCUUUUUUAAUUCAAAAUUUUAUAGAGGGGCAAAAGUGAUGUUUACCAGAUAGAAUGCUGAUUUUUUUAAUAUAUUUACAACAGUAUUUGUGUAAAAAAAAAAACAAAAAAGUGAGAUUGUUAAAAGUAAUUUUUUUCUCAUUUUGGUUUUGCAUACACUGCCACCAAUCCCUUCUCUUUACUUUGUCUCUCUCACACACAUAUAUAUAUUUUUUGGUAAGUCAAGACUGUUAAGGUUAGCGAUACUGCUUCCAGAUAGAAAGAAUAAAAGGCAACUAAAGUUAUAUUUGAAAGAGAGGAAGGAUAUUUUCUUCAUAUUUUUUUCUUCAUUUUUAUUAUUUUAAGUAUUGCCUGGGUUGCUGAGGGUCUCCAAGGCCCACCCACCCCUGCUGUAAUUUCAACUGCUGCUCUGUUGUGAUACAUAGAUCUUUGGCUUCUAGCAAGCUUAAGUUGCUCCACUGAAUAUUUUUCCCCCAUCCAUCUAAAAUUCUGUCCUUUUUCAUGAGAGGGAAAAUCUUUUAGAAGGCGAUUUCUUACUUCUCCAAAAUUUCACCGCUCUUAGGAUUCUAGAAUUUCUGUUGACCUUGCUUUUUUCUUUGAUGAAACACUAGUAGUUAGAGAUCCUGAAAAAGGGGGUCAUUUCGUUUAUGUUCAGCCAGGAGCAGGAAUCCACAGAACUCUACCAUGCCUCCCCCCCCACCCUUGAGUGUCACUAUGAGAGAAGCCUGUUACAAAAUACAAUGCGUCGAUGCCAAAACCCUUUUCUUCUUUUCAGACAUCACCUUCUGUCUCUUUUCGCCAUGGCUAAGAGGGCUAAAUAGGUUGAUCAGUUUUUAGUUGAUUAUUAACCCUUGCUUUUUGGAAAUUAACUAUUUCCCUAUGCUAACACCCAGCUUUCAGAAUCUCUAUCAUCAUCAUCUCAGAUGCUACUUUUUCUAGCUGGGAUUUCUCUCUUUGGUCUUGAUCAAGAAAUCAUAAGAUUUUCCAAUUAUAUACAGUUUCCUGAAGGAAUUCUAGCUCAAAAAUAGGACUUUUUAAACCUAGCUAAUACUUGCAAAGAAAUCUCAUGACUAGGCAUGUUUUAGCACACUUAAAAAGAAAAGUAAACAUUCUGAUAACGCGAAACACCAACCUCCAUUUUUAAGAAGAAGAAAAGAGGGAAUAUUUCUGUUUCUAAAUUAUUCUACAAUUUAAUUUUCCUCCUAAUUUUUCCAUUAGCAUUUUAUUUACAAAAAAAAAAAUGCAGCAAAUGAGGGAAGAUCGUCCAAGGCAAGCAACUCUAUUAUGACUAAAUUGGUUUUAUUCAUAUAGUUUAGACAAUUGGUUAACUUGGAUCUUUUCUAUAAGUUCUUUGUGAUGUUUAGUAGUUUGUACAACAGGAAUAUUUGUGGCAUUUGAGUUGGUCUUACGGUGCUUAAUUCAGUGGAUGUUUUGCUAGAAGUUGUCGUGUGGAUUUGGAUGGGUAACUGACUACUGAGUAUCACUCAUUGUGAAUUCUAAGAGGACAACCAAGAACUUGUGUGACCUGUUUUUAAAAUUAGCUUCAGAAAUGUGGAAGUCCUCACCACCCCCACCCCACCCCCUGCUGGUUUUGUUGUUGAAAGGGUCAGUAGUGACUUAAUGUUUCCUUACCACCAAUAGAUUAAAUAACUAUGUCACAGAAUAAUUUGGAUAUUUCAGAAAAAAAAAAAAAGGAGUCAUUUAACCCAUCAGAAAAAAAGACUGGCAUAGUGACAAUUUUUCUUAAUCUAGAGGAAAAAAGACAUGAAAUCACUCAUCAUAUAAAACAAAUGAAAGAAGGUCAAAACCUAGUUUUAAUUAUUUUCACUGGUCUCAAGAGUACAUUUAAAAUAGUGUCUCUAUUCAAACUUUAGUAAAGAGGUCCAAAUUUACAUUGUUUCUGUGAAAACUUAUCUUGACUGUGUGCCAUUGGGCUACACUUCCCCAUCUGCUUCUUAAAUCUGAAAGAGUCCCAUUUUCCUUAAUGCUGAUUUGCCAUUGUCAACAGCUAAGUAACUGGGUUAAAAAGCCAAUGUUUAUUGUAGAGCGUGUAAAAAGAGAAAGAGCUCAGAUGAAACCCUGAUACACAUUCUUUUCCUAUAAAGGAAUAUUUCAUUUAAAAAAGCAUGGGGAGGACGGUAAAGAAUUCUGGGUAAGAUCCUAUUGUAUAGGCUCAUUCCUACUGUACUUUUUUUUUCUCCCAAACAUCUUACAGCCUGAAAUAUUUGACGUUCUCUAGAAUUGGGAGGACUCUCAAUUGUUAUCAGAGCUCUGAAGUGAAGAAGCUUCUAUAGGGCUAGUGACAUAUAUGUGGCCUCUGAAGGGCACUUUUCUACCUUUAACCACAUUUUAGAAGAUAAACUAGUCCACACGUAUUUCAAAAAGAUACAGGUGGUCUCUGGAUUGCCCUCAUACAGUCACUAUUUCACAAUCACAAAUAAGAGAGGAUGAGAAAGAUUCUCUCUAUCUCUUUUGUUUCCACUCCUACAAUUAUUAUGAUGGGAUGCUGUCAGUGCUUUUAAAACUAGAAAAGAAAAGAAAAGAAAAGAAAAGAAAAGAAAAGAAAAGAAAAGAAAAGAAGAGAAACAAAAAG